GUUCCUUAUUGCGGGGUGUGCUUUUGCGCCCGUGUCACUCCAUCAAGUUUAUCCCAACCAAGAACAAACUUUUCAGAGAGGGACCGAGAAGAAACUCCUUUUUGCCACCACCCCCUCUAUUUCCCCCCCUUUUCUCCCCCCUUUCCCCUGCUGUUUCCUGCCCUGCCAGCAGUGAGGGGGGCAGCGGGUGCAUCCCCCCCCCCCUCCGCCCGGGACCCCCCAGGCAGCCCUCACCGUGCGCUCCGCGAUCUCCCUCUUCCCGUGCGUGCGGGUGUGUGGGUGCGAGUGCGGUGCCUGUCAAGGGGCUGUUUCUCUCCCCACCCUCCUCCUCCUCCUUCUUCCAAAUAUGCUUUUUGCAAGUUUCGAUCUCGUCUCGGCACUGGCUACCCUCGCGGCGUGCCUGGUGUCGCUGACUUUGCUGCUGGCCGUGUCCCAACAGCUGUGGCAGCUCCGCUGGGCUGCCACCCGCGACAAAACCUGCAAGCUACCAAUCCCUAAAGGCUCCAUGGGAUUCCCUUUAAUCGGAGAAACCUUCCACUGGCUCCUGCAGGGCUCCUGCUUCCAGUCUUCCCGUCGGGAGAAGUACGGGAACGUUUUCAAGACGCACUUGCUGGGGCGGCCGCUGGUGCGUGUGACGGGCGCGGAAAACGUGCGGAAGAUCUUGAUGGGGGAGCACCACCUGGUGAGCACCGAGUGGCCGCGCAGCACCCGCAUGCUGCUGGGGCCCAACACCGUGGCCAACUCCAUCGGCGACAUCCACCGCCACAAGAGGAAGGUUUUCUCCAAAAUCUUCAGCCAUGAGGCACUGGAGAGCUAUCUCCCCAAGAUCCAGCUGGUGAUCAAAGACACUCUUCGGGCCUGGAGCAGCAACCCUGAGUCCAUCAAUGUCUACCACGAGGCUCAGAAGCUCACCUUCCGCAUGGCCAUCCGUGUCCUGCUGGGAUUCCGCAUCCCCGAUGAGGAGCUCAACCGCCUCUUCGAGGUCUAUCAGCAGUUCGUGGAGAAUGUCUUCUCCUUGCCUGUGGAUUUGCCCUUCAGCGGCUACAGGAGGGGUAUCCGGGCACGUGAGACACUGCAGAAAGGGCUGGAGAAAGCCAUCCAAGAGAAGCUGCAGAACACGCAGGGCAAGGACUAUGCUGAUGCACUGGACAUCCUGAUAGAGAGUGGCAAAGAGCAUGGCAAGGAGCUAACCAUGCAGGAGCUGAAGGAUGGUACCCUGGAGCUCAUCUUUGCCGCCUAUGCUACCACUGCCAGUGCCAGCACCUCUCUGAUCAUGCAGCUCCUCAAACACCCCCGGGUCCUGGAGAAGCUGCGUGAGGAGUUGCGCAGCAAAGGCAUCCUCCACAACGGCUGCAUUUGUGAGGGCUCCCUCCGGCUCGACAACAUCAGCAGCCUCCAGUACCUGGACUGUGUCAUCAAAGAGGUGCUUCGCCUCUUCACCCCCAUCUCUGGGGGGUACCGGACGGUGCUGCAAACCUUCGAGCUGGAUGGUUUCCAAAUCCCCAAAGGCUGGAGCGUGAUGUACAGCAUCCGGGACACCCACGACACUGCCCCCGUCUUCAAGGACGUGGAUGUCUUCGACCCUGACCGCUUUGGUCAGGGUCGAAGUGAAGACAAGGACGGCAGGUUCCACUACCUCCCCUUCGGAGGAGGCGUACGGACCUGUCUGGGCAAGCACCUGGCCAAGCUCUUUCUCAAAGCAUUGGCCAUUGAGUUGGCCAGCACCAGCCGCUUUGAGCUUGCCACCAGGACUUUCCCCAAAAUCACCCUGGUGCCCGUGGUCCACCCAGUUGAUGGACUCAAGGUCAAAUUUUUCGGACUGGAUUCUAACCAGAAUGAGAUCCUGACGGGGACAGAUGCCAUGCUGGGGGCAACGGUGUAAAGCCCACGCUGGUGGCAUGAGGGAUGGGCAGCCGGGGAAUGGAGGGUUGGGAUGGGGACAAGGGGACGAACAGGAGGGGAGGACAGAGGGAUGAGGAGCUUCUCCACGAUGCUCACUUCGCAGAGCCUCCAGGUCAGGACUGCUUUCUCCACCGGUGAAGCUGCCAAAACCGUUUUGCUCUUCCCAUGUGGAGCAGAGAAGAUGUCGCCGUGCAUCUCCUUUUGUUGGAAAGGAGUAGAGUCCCAAAACCCGAGGCGAGCUGGGAUGUCUGACCAUACACAGUAUCUAAAUAUUAUAAAUAUAUAUAUAAAUAUCUAUAAAACACUUCUGCUGCCAGGAGGAGCACUGCAAAGGCCCGGCUGCGGGAAAGGCUUUGGAAAUCAGCCCAUGAUCAGAGGUCUGGUGUGCCUGGGUGGCUCUCGGGUGGCCUCUGAUCUUUUUCUUUCAACAGUGUUAAAUUAGCUGGUGAUAACAGUGUUUUGGGGUUUUUUUAUUUGUGGCUUUGUUGGGUUUUCCCGUUUGUUUGGCUGUGUUUUUUGUUUCGGGGCAUUGGAGGCUUUCCUUGGUGAGGGGGAGACAAGUGAUGCCCAUUCCCAUCCCCUCUCCAGGGCAAGCGGGGAAGGUGGAGCUGCCGUUUUGCCCCUGCUAUGGGACCUAAAAACCCUGUGGUGUCUUGUCUGGGCCUGAAUGGCUGGGGAGCCAUCCCCCUGAGGCCUUGGACAAGUGCAUAUCUGCAUUUGGGGUGCUGGGUAAGGGAAGGGGUGUCCUUUUUGUUCUCGUUGAGUUUCCUGCUGCUGCUACACGGCCUGUGUGCACCCAUUCCCCCACCGCAGCCCCUCACUAGCCCCUUUCCCAUGCAAAGGCAUCCUUUUAGGGGCAUUUUGUGGUGCCUUUGCUCUCUUUCAAGGUGCAGGCACCAAAAUGCAUGGCCCUGCCGACCCACCGUGGCUCUGCAAGCACCACGGCACCGAGCAAAGCCACCCACUCGGAGCUGCUCAUUUCAGUGUGUCCUCUUCCACAGGAGGUAUUUGCAUUAAAGGUGAUCUCUAUAAAUAAGCCAACAUCUGCA